AUGAGUGUACGGUGAGUUGUAUGGUUGAUGUUAGGUUGCUCAAACUGUUACUUUCUAUGCGAAAAAUGUUUUCUUUUCAGAUCAGUAGUGUUAUACUACGUAGCUUUUAAGGGUAUUCACGACUACGAGUCAGAUACGUUGAUAAGACUCGUACAUGACACUUUUAUCAGAGCAAAGUAUGUUAGUAUAGGGCUGUCAGGGAUGAUAUUAUACAUAUUUUCUCUUAAAGUCAGCUUCAACUUUGGUAAUUGUGGUUUAAUUAAUGGGCUAAUCUGUGCUUUUUGGACUUGGAUGAUACCUAUAUAUCUACAUUUUUUGAAACUGCCGGGGAGUAAGUUUAUUGUUUUUUACAGAUCUUAAGGCAAGAUGAUGUAUAGUAUUGUAAUUUUUGCAUUAAAAGCAUUUUAAUGCAAUUUAUUUCAUAUUGUCGCAAGAAUUAUAUAUGUUAUAGUAAAAUAUUGUCUUUGAUACAUUUCUUUUUACUAUAGGAACAGGUCGGCCCCUUCUUUGUAAAAUUUUUGGCGCUCAUGCAAAAUCGUUCCCACAAAAUCGAAGAAUCGUUCCCCACUCAUAAAGGCAUAAUCGUUCCCCACGGUGAGAAUAAAUAAAACUAUGCAAAUUUUUGCUUCACAUAUUUUUUCAUUUUCAUUAUGGCUUUUCAUUCUUUCUUUCUAUUUGAUCUUGGAUGGUCGAAAAAUGGAACACGGUGCAAGAGGAGCAAGCAUAUAACACUGCUAUUCAGAUCAUGAUAGACAACUCUCUUCUCCCACCGGCUUAUUCGUGCCAGCAAUGUUCGUCGAUUAUGAAGUUGUCGAAAAAGUCUGAACUGGCCGGUAAAUACAUGGUAAGUUAGUUGUUUAUAUUUAUCAUAUGUUGUUUUAGUGGAGAUGUCGAAACGGAAGUACUGAUUGCUGA